CAGGUGGCGUGAGUCUGAGGCCAGUAGAUGAGCAGACAGAACUGAAAGGUCCCCGAAAAGGAUGAGUGAGAGGGCCUCGCGGAACUGGAGCACAGGCGGCUGGCUGCUGGCACUGUGCCUGGCCUGGCUGUGGACCCGCCUGGCCACGGCUGCCUCACAGCCUCCAACUGCCACAGUGUUCGUGCAGCAGGGCACCUGCGAGGUGAUCGCUGCUCACCGCUGCUGCAACCGGAACCGCAUCGAGGAACGCUCUCAGACUGUCAAAUGCUCCUGCUUUUCCGGCCAGGUGGCCGGCACCACACGGGCAAAGCCCUCCUGUGUGGACGACCCCCUUUGCCUGCCUGCUGUGCUCGCAGAGAGUUUAGAGCUGCGCUCCCGCCUCCUGCUCCCACAGCCUCCAUCGUCCUGCAGAGGUGGUGGUGUCAGAUGGAGCCCUGCCUGCCGGGGGAGGAGUGUAAGGUGCUUCCAGACCUCUCGGGAUGGAGCUGCAGCAGUGGACAGAAAGUCAAAACCACCAAGGUCACACGAUAGCUCUUGGGGGUCAUGGCCUGGACAGAACAGGCUUGAUUGAGUCAUGGACUGAAGAAUGGUAUCCUGUCAUUAGCCAGCAAAUUUGGGGAUUCACUUACCUGGACACAUGUCCCAUGACAAAUGCACCAUCAGUCUUUCCAGGAGCCUUUCCAUUAAGCAGCUCAGCAGAUAUGGAUGGAUCUCCAAACACAUACCUAGUGCUGAGCUUGGCUCUUCCAGGGACACAGAAGAAGGUCAAGACACAUUCCUGCCCUUAAGGAAUGUCCAAUCGAGUUGGGGAGUUGAUGACAGACAAUUUAGAUAAUUUAAAGUGUACAGGAGGAGACUCUGGCUUUGGGCCGCAGGGCACAAAGACAAGAGGUCACUUUCACCACCCACGACCUCCCUCUUUCACAUCAGUCCUGAAUCCCCAGCAAGCUGCUCACAUGUUGAAGGAAAACACUCUCUUCGUAUGCCGGAACCAUGGUAUCUCAUUUGGAUGGGAUUGGAUUGAUCUGGGGAAAGAAAGCAAAAAUGAACCCGAACAACUUCCCA